UUUCAAUCUGAAACCAUCUUGGGCUUCAUCGUCAUCCUAAAACUCCCGUCUUCUCACUCUUAACUUCCAAGGGAUGCAGUAUUAUGGCUGAAUUUUCAAUAAGUGAGUACCUAUCACAAUGGCCUAUUGCUCACAGUCUUAAUAAAACCCGGCAUGCUAUUCAACCAGGUUCAAUUCUGAGAGGAGUCAUCUUCAACCUUUUAAAUAAGAGAGACAUGCGCGAAGCAUUCAGGUAAUCGAGACAUAUACCAUCCUUACAUGCAUUCAUGCUAUCUAGCUCCGUGGGCAGGGUUCCUAAUAGUCCUAUGACAUCCUGUUCCAUAGAAACUGCCAGCUUCUCUUAGCAACCGGGACAGGGUAUACCAUCCAUAAACCCCGAAUAUAACAUAAUGGCAUCCGGAUCUUGCUGCCGCCUUUCCAUUGCCUUACUCCUCUUCUAUCCGUCUAUCCAAUAAUAACAAUCUUAUAACUUAUAGCUAUAUAUCUGGUGCUCCCCACCUAGUGAUCUGGUAUCCCCAUGUAUUUUUCGGUCUCUCUUCCACUUUUUACAAUAUGCAAACGCAUCUCAGUGAGAUGCAGCCAGCCUAGAUGAAACAUCUAAUUCAUCCAAUCUUUCUCCUCUCUCUACUCCUUCAAAGAGCUAUAGCUCUCAAUUUCACAAUCGCAGGCGGCCAAAUAUUCACACCUGGUUUCGCCGUCCUCGAUGCGCCACAGCCGGGUACUCCUUUGGGUGGAGACAUCAUCGAGGUAGCACUCGACGUAACUGCCAACGGCAAAUUACGUCUUCCUCCUUAUGCCAAUAACAGUCCCAGUAGGAUUAAUAAUAUCACUAUCUUCCUCUACAGCUAUGUCACAGGAAGAAACUUCACGAUAACGAAUGGAACGGCUUCGACCAACAAUGUCAGCCUAGGAGAUAUUAUGCAAUCCGAGCCUGGAAGCACGGUCAAGCAUGUCAAGUGGAACUGGCCAGACUGUCUGAUAGGGGAUGGGAAACCGACCAGCGCAGACAGCGACCGGGGGGCCUACAAUAUUUCUAUUCGGCAGAACUUCCGUCUCAAUGGAGGGGACCAUUAUACAGUCUUUGACGUCCCCAUUUCCGUCACGAAUAAGAUAGAUUUCACUGGCAAUAAUCCGCCUUGUGACCCGCUCAACAAUCCUCUUCUCACGCCUGAAGAGAUCAACGCGGAUGCAGCUAACACUGUCGGUAUCCUAUUCGCGCCGGGAGAUUCGACAGUUAUCCAGCAACCUGAUGCUGGUAACGAUGAUGGUAAAGACGGGAUUGGGCCUGAGAAGCCGGAAGCGAACCCCGGCGAUGGUCUUGGGAGCGGUGCCAAUGCAAUCCAGUGGACAUCCACAGCAUAUUGGGUUUUGUUAUCAUCUGUUAUUACCUUUUUCAUUUGAUAUUAUCUUACAUUGGCAUAAAUUCAGUACAACUUGUACUCCA